CCAGACACCAAGCCAGGGCUCUCCGGGACCGCGAAGCUCACCCCUGAAUCGAGAGCACCGAGCUUAAAAAAAAAAAGAAAAGAAAAGAAAUCCUGGGGACACUCACGCUGCCUGCCUGCAUUCGAGGGCAUAUAGAGCUGUGGUCGUGAGCUCCCUGUCACUGGCAUCGCCACGCUCCGUGCGCGCCCGGCUCUCCCAUUGGUAUGCAGCGACCAUUUCUCUGCAAAUCUCAAAGGUGGAAACACUUAGAAGGAUUACAAGCGUGAUUUGGUGGCCUUUCUAAAAGUUGGUAGCCGGAGGAGGAAGAACUGCAGGGCUACGGCAUGAUGGAUACAAUUGAGCCUUCCAGAGAGUUUGCAGCUCCCGCUGGGAAGACUCUCGGAGUAAACCUGGGAGAUCGUGAGUGCUCUGCACGGAUAGUUUUGUAAUCAACCACGAACAAUGAAACCUUCCAUAGCUGAGAUGCUUCACAGAGGGAGGAUGUUGUGGAUUAUUCUUCUAAGCACAAUUGCUCUAGGAUGGACUACCCCAAUUCCCCUGAUAGAGGACUCGGAGGAAAUAGAUGAGCCCUGUUUUGAUCCAUGCUACUGUGAAGUUAAAGAAAGCCUCUUUCAUAUACAUUGUGACAGCAAAGGAUUUACAAAUAUUAGUCAAAUUACUGAGUUCUGGUCAAGACCUUUUAAACUGUAUCUGCAGAGGAAUUCAAUGAGGAAAUUGUACACCAACAGUUUUCUUCAUUUAAAUAACGCUGUGUCCAUUAACCUUGGGAACAACGCAUUGCAGGACAUUCAAACAGGAGCUUUCAAUGGUCUUAAGAUUUUAAAGAGGCUAUAUCUACAUGAGAACAAACUAGAUGUCUUCAGAAAUGACACCUUCCUGGGCUUAGAAAGUCUCGAAUAUCUGCAGGCAGAUUACAAUGUCAUUAAACGUAUUGAGAGUGGGGCAUUUCGGAACCUAAGUAAACUGAGAGUUCUGAUUUUAAAUGAUAAUCUCAUCCCUAUGCUUCCAACCAAUUUAUUUAAGGCUGUCUCCUUAACCCAUUUGGACUUACGUGGAAACAGGUUAAAGGUUCUUUUUUAUCGAGGAAUGCUAGACCACAUUGGCAGAAGCCUGAUGGAGCUCCAGCUGGAAGAAAAUCCCUGGAAUUGUACAUGUGAGAUUGUGCAACUGAAGAGUUGGCUGGAACGCAUUCCUUAUACUGCUCUGGUGGGAGACAUCACCUGUGAAACCCCUUUCCAUUUCCAUGGGAAGGACCUGCGAGAAAUCAGGAAGACAGAACUCUGUCCCUUGCUGUCUGACUCUGAGGUGGAGGCUAGUUUGGGGAUUCCCCACUUGUCAUCAAACAAGGAGAAUGCAUGGCCAACCAAGCCUUCUUCAAUGUUGUCCUCUGUCCAUUUUACUGCUUCUUCUGUUGAAUACAAGUCCUCAAACAAACAGCCCAAGCCCACCAAACAGCCCCGGACACCAAGGCCACCUUCCACAUCCCAAGCUUUAUACCCUGGUCCAAACCAACCUCCCAUUGCUCCUUAUCAGACAAGACCACCCAUUCCUAUCAUAUGCCCUACUGGGUGUACCUGUAAUUUGCACAUCAAUGACCUUGGCUUGACUGUCAACUGCAAAGAGCGAGGAUUUAAUAACAUUUCUGAACUCCUUCCAAGGCCACUGAAUGCCAAGAAACUGUACCUGAGUAGCAAUCUGAUUCAGAAAAUAUACCGUUCUGAUUUUUGGAAUUUCUCUUCAUUGGAUCUCUUGCAUCUCGGGAACAAUCGUAUUUCUUACGUCCAGGAUGGGGCCUUCAUCAACCUGCCCAACCUAAAGAGCCUCUUUCUCAAUGGCAAUGAUAUCGAGAAGCUGACACCAGGCAUGUUUCGAGGCCUACAGAGUUUGCACUACUUGUACUUUGAGUUCAAUGUCAUCCGGGAAAUCCAGCCUGCAGCCUUCAGCCUCAUGCCCAACUUGAAGCUACUGUUCCUCAACAAUAACUUACUGAGGACCCUGCCAACGGACGCCUUUGCAGGCACAUCCCUGGCCCGGCUCAAUCUGAGGAAAAACUACUUCCUCUACCUUCCUGUGGCUGGUGUCCUAGAACACUUGAAUGCCAUUGUCCAGAUAGACCUCAAUGAGAACCCUUGGGACUGUACCUGUGACCUGGUUCCCUUCAAACAGUGGAUCGAAACCAUCAGCUCGGUCAGUGUAGUAGGUGAUGUGCUUUGCAGGAGCCCAGAAAACCUCACCCACCGUGAUGUGCGCACUAUUGAGCUGGAAGUUCUCUGCCCAGAGAUGCUGCACACCGCACCAGCUGGAGCAUCUCCAGCCCAGCCUGGAGAUUCUCACCUUGCUGGGGGGCCAACGAGUGCAUCACCUUAUGAGUUCUCUCCCCCUGGGGGCCCUGUGCCACUUUCUGUGUUGAUUCUCAGCCUGCUGGUUCUGUUGUUUUCAGCAAUCUUUGUUGCUGCAGGCCUCUUUGCCUACGUGCUGCGCCGGCGCCGGAAGAAGCUGCCCUUCAGAAGCAAGCGGCAAGAAGGUGUGGACCUCACUGGCAUCCAGAUGCAGUGCCACCGGCUUUUUGAAGACGGUGGAGGUGGUGGGGGUGGAAGUGGAGGUGGGGGUCGACCAACUCUUUCCUCCCCAGAGAAGGCCCCUCCUGUAGGUCAUGUAUAUGAGUACAUCCCGCACCCAGUUACCCAGAUGUGCAACAACCCCAUCUACAAGCCACGUGAAGAGGAGGAAGUGGCUGUUUCAUCAGGCCAGGAGGCAGGGAGUGCAGAACAUGGGGGUCCUGGGACACAACCGCCAGGAACGGGUGAGGUUCUCCUAGGAAGUGAGCAGUUUGCUGAGACGCCCAAGGAGAAUCACAGCAACUACCGGACCUUGCUGGAAAAAGAAAAGGAGUGGGCCCUGGCAGUGUCCAGCUCCCAGCUCAACACCAUAGUGACGGUGAAUCAUCAUCACUCCCACCCUCACCACCCAGCAGCUGGUGGGGUUUCAGGGGUAGUUGCAGGAACUGGGGGAGACUUGGCUGGGUUCCGCCACCAUGAGAAGAAUGGUGGGGUGGUGCUGUUUCCCCCUGGGGGAGGCUGUGGGGGUGGCAGUAUGCUACUAGACCGAGAGAGGCCACAGCCAGCCCCCUGCACAGUGGGAUUCGUGGACUGUCUCUAUGGCACAGUGCCCAAAUUAAAGGAACUGCACGUCCACCCUCCUGGCAUGCAAUACCCUGACUUACAGCAGGAUGCCAGGCUCAAAGAAACCCUUCUCUUCUCGGCUGGAAAGGGCUUCACAGACCACCAAACCCAAAAAAGUGAUUACCUCGAGUUAAGGGCCAAACUUCAAACCAAGCCGGAUUACCUCGAAGUCCUGGAGAAGACAGCAUAUAGGUUCUAACAGAAACAGAAAAAUAAAUUAGUGGGUUUUUUUUUUUUUUCAAAAGAAAAGGAAAAUAAAAUAAAUAUAUCCCUUGCUCCUUUUACACUUGUCCCAAUAACUCCAUUCUCAAAAACUUCCCUGCCCUGAACAGAACUGAAACCGCAUGAUAACUAGAAAAUACAGAUGUAUGUGCUCCCCUCUCAGAUGUGAUUUGGAGGAAGGGCCAUACUCAGAUAAUUAAUCAAUGAAGUGCCUUCGCAGACUUUUGCCAGCAAAUGUUACCAUUAUUUUUUUAUACUGAAACUUGAGACUUGACUGUGCCAUGUAUAAGGUAUAUUGGGGAUCGUUGUAUUGAUCCUAAUUAAGUAAAAUUCAAUGUGUCUUU